AUGCGCGGCGCAAGGCAGGGCGCAGCGAAGCAACAGGAGGCGGCGCGGUGACUCGCCGGCCCCACCGCCGCCCAGCCCGGCCCGGCCCGGCCCGCCGGCCCCGGGGCGCCGGUGCUAGCGGGGUGUGCUGCCCGCGCUCCCCGGGGCGGGGAGCCGGAGGAGGAGGAGGAGGAGGAGGAAGCAGGAGGCGGCGGGAGGAGCGCGGUGCGGCUGGGCGGCGGGGUCCCCGGGCGGCCGGCUCGUGAUGGUGCUCCUGCCCCUGUGGGUAGUGGCAGCCGCGCUCCUGGGGGUCCGCGCUGCAGCCGGCCGGCAGGCUGGUAGAGAACAACAGAUCCAAACAGAAUUACGAAAAAGCAGACCGAGACCGUAUGGGUUAGUGAUUCCAAUUAGUACCAAUGCGGACGGAAGCUACAUCUCCAAUAUCCUCUCCGCAAGUCACCAAAGAAGAUCAACGCGGGAGGUAUCGCAGAGCCCCAAACAGCUGUAUUUUAAUGUCACCGCGUUUGGAAGGGAAUUCCAUCUCCGGCUGAAACCCAACACUCGUUUAGUGGCUCCCGAGGCCAUAGUGGAGUGGUACGAAGACUCUGUGGAAACUGGAAACGAUGCUGGUAACACGAGUCAGACUAGAACUGCUACGGAGAGAUUAUGGAAGAAAGAGCCCCUGUGGACCAGCUGCGCCUAUGUGGGAGACAUAACUGACAUCCCCGGAGCUUCUGUUGCCAUUAGCAAUUGUGAUGGUCUGGCUGGAAUGAUAAGAACCGAUAAGGAUGAAUACUUCAUUGAGCCUUUGGAAAGAGGAAAGCAAAUGGAAGAGGAAAAGGGAAGAAUCCACAUGGUAUACAGGCGAUCAGCUGUAGUACAACAUCCCACCGAUACGCUCCCUGAUGUCCAUACGGAAGAGUCUCUUCUCGGCGGCCUCGGAGAGCUGAGUUCCCUGUACAGCAGCGCCGAGCAGCAACUGAACGAAACCCUGAGGCGACGCAGGCACGCGGGAGACGAUGACUACAACAUUGAGGUGCUGCUAGGUGUGGACGACUCUGUCGUCCGAUUCCAUGGCAAAGAACACGUUCAAAACUACCUCCUCACCCUCAUGAACAUAGUGAAUGAAAUUUACCACGAUGAAUCCCUGGGUGUUCACAUAAAUGUUGUGCUGGUCCGAAUGAUCAUGUUGGGGUACGCGAAGUCCAUUAGCUUGAUUGAAAGGGGGAAUCCCUCGAGAAGCUUGGAGAACGUUUGCCGCUGGGCGUAUCAGCAGCAGAAGUCGGACCCCAAUCACUCUGAGCACCACGACCAUGCCAUCUUCUUAACCAGGCAAGAUUUUGGGCCUGCUGGUAUGCAAGGAUACGCUCCUGUUACUGGCAUGUGUCACCCGGUCCGAAGCUGUACUCUGAACCACGAGGAUGGGUUUUCAUCAGCUUUUGUUGUUGCUCAUGAAACCGGUCACGUGCUGGGAAUGGAGCACGACGGGCAAGGGAACAGGUGUGGGGAUGAGACAGCGAUGGGGAGCGUUAUGGCUCCCUUGGUGCAGGCUGCCUUUCAUCGUUACCACUGGUCCAGAUGCAGCGGCCAAGAGCUCAAGAGAUACAUACACUCUUACGACUGUCUUCUUGACGACCCUUUCGAACAUGAUUGGCCCAAGCUUCCUGAACUGCCAGGCAUCAAUUAUUCCAUGGACGAACAGUGCCGCUUUGAUUUUGGUGUUGGCUAUAAAAUGUGCACAGCGUUCCGAACCUUUGACCCAUGCAAGCAGUUGUGGUGUAGCCAUCCAGAUAACCCCUAUUUCUGUAAGACUAAGAAGGGACCUCCACUCGAUGGGACAGAAUGUGCCCCUGGAAAAUGGUGCUAUAAAGGUCACUGCAUGUGGAAGAACGCUAACCAGCUGAAGCAGGAUGGCAACUGGGGACCCUGGACAAAAUUUGGCUCCUGCUCACGGACCUGUGGAACUGGAGUUCGCUUUCGAACACGCCAGUGCAACAAUCCAAUGCCCAUUAAUGGAGGUGAAGAUUGUGCUGGUGUCAAUUUUGAGUUUCAACUUUGCAAUACAGAGGAGUGUCCGAAGCACUUUGAGGACUUCAGAGCACAGCAGUGCCAGCAACGCAACUCCCACUUUGAGUACCAGAACAGCAAGCACCACUGGCUGCCCUAUGAACACCCUGACUCUAAUAAGAGAUGUCACCUGUACUGCCAGUCCAAAGAAACCGGAGAUGUUGCUUAUAUGAAACAGCUGGCACACGAUGGGACUCGCUGUUCCUAUAAAGAUCCCUACAGCAUUUGUGUUCGUGGAGAAUGCGUGAAAGUGGGUUGUGACAAGGAAAUUGGCUCCAAUAAGGUCGAAGAUAAGUGUGGCGUCUGCGGCGGGGAUAACUCUCAUUGCCGAACUGUGAAGGGAACCUUUACCCGCACUCCAAAAAAGCUUGGAAAACAUUUAAGCAAGAGGUGCCAAAAAGAAUUCAAGUUUCUGGAAAAUGAAAUCUGGAAGACAAGAGGAGCGUUUACACUGCCCAAAGGAGCUCGCAAUAUUUCCCUUUCUGAAACAAAGGAGUUUAAAAAUACGCUGGGGUACCUUAAGAUGUUUGAUAUCCCUCCUGGUGCUCGACAUGUGUUUAUCCAAGAAGACGAGGCUUCUCCUCACUUUCUUGCAAUUAAGAACCAGGCUACAGGACACUAUAUUCUGAAUGGGAAAGGGGAGGAGGCCAGAUCCCGAUCUUUCAUCGACCUGGGCGUGGAGUGGGAGUACAACAUAGAAGACGACAUAGAAACUCUCCACACUGACGGGCCCUUGCACGAUGCGGUGGUUGUGCUGAUCAUUCCUCGGGAGAAUGACACAAGAUCUAGCCUGACUUACAAAUACAUCAUUCACGAGGAUUCAGUACCAACUAUCAACAGCAACAAUGUCCUACAGGAAGAAAUAGAUACUUUUGAGUGGGCGUUAAAGAGUUGGUCGCAGUGCUCCAAACCCUGUGGUGGAGGGUUCCAGUACACCAAAUACGGGUGCCGCAGGAAAAGUGAUAACAAAAUGGUUCAUCGCAGCUUCUGUGAAGCCAGCAAAAAGCCAAAGCCCAUUCGUAGAAUGUGCAAUCUUCAAGAAUGCACACAGCCUCUCUGGGCAGCAGAUGAGUGGGAAUACUGCACAAAAACCUGUGGGAAUUCAGGCUACCAGAUCCGUACUGUGCGUUGCAUUCAACCCCUUCAUGACGGCGCCAACCGCUCCGUCCAUUUCAAGUACUGUAGCGGAGAUCGCCCCGAGAGCCGCAGGCCGUGCAACCGGGUACCGUGCCCCGCACAGUGGAAAGCUGGACCCUGGUCUGAGUGUUCUGUGACCUGCGGGGAGGGAACCGAGACCCGGCAGAUCCUGUGCCGUGCUGGUGACCAGUGCGAUGGAGAAAAGCCAGAAUCAGUGAGGGUUUGUAAACUCGCCCCCUGCAAUGUUACCGUGAAGCAAGUAACAAAUUGUGAGAAGGAGAACUUUUACCGUGAACAUCAGCGGAAGGAUACAAGCACUUACAUACUGAAUAGGAAAUGGUUGACUAGGUUGUGCAGAAUUAACCUAAAAAAUAAAAAAAAGGGAUUAUACGAGCCCUGUAUAGGAGACAAAUCUAUCUUCUGUCAGAUGGAAGUGCUCGCACGUUACUGUUCCAUCCCUGGCUACAACAAGCUGUGCUGUGAGUCCUGCAGCAAGCGCAGCAGCACGCUCCCACCGCCGUUCCUCACGGAAGCUGCUGAAACCGAAGAGGAAGCGAUGUUUGAUCGGAGCGAUCUGCCGAGGGCUUUGAUGAUGCCGACCCCUGUGGUGCCCCGCUACGCACAGUUCCCGCCUGGGAGAAGUUCUCUGGGCGGGCUUCCUUUCGCAGGAGAGAACGCCGACGCGCACGACUCCCCGUCCAACGCCCAGCCCAAAGGUGCUGAAUUUCCGCAAUGGAGAGCUCCUCAGGCGAGGAAGACCUCGAGGCUGUUCGCUUUGCUACACCGGUCACCUGCCAACAGCAGCAGCAGUCUCCAUCCUCGUAACGCCCUCGCGUUGGCCGCAGCCGUUCCCGUGGUGCCAGCUGGCGUGGUGCCAGCUGGCAACACCACCGCGGGUGCUCCUUCUCCAUCGAGAACCUCACGGAGGGGGGAGAAGCACGCCGAGAAGAGAUGGCCUUCGAGGUCCUCCACUGUGGAAAGAUGAACGCGAAUGUCUUGCGGAGGAUGGCCGUUGAAAGAGGCUUUGUUUGGCGCUUUGGGUUUGAUUUCCUUACUUCUGGACGCUAUGGUGCACGCUGCUUUCCACCAGCGGGACGCUGCAGGUCAUCAACUCAUCUUCCUUGUAAAUACAAAGAACAAGAAGUGCUGGUUCACUUUCUAGUUGCUCCCGUCCUCCUCCAAUGCUGCGUUAUCUGGCUACCUUGAACGCACCGGAGGAAAGCACCAAAGAAUAUUCCUAACGGUGAGCAGAAGUUGCUGAGGGCGUCAGUCGAGCUCUAGUACAGAAAAGUGGCCCCGACCUCAGCACUCACCUCAUUAUUUUUGGUUUUAAACACUCGCAUGUAGAAAAUGCCCCACUACAAGAGGUACCAAACGUUUACAACUAUACAAAAUACUUUUGCAGUGGAACAACCGAAUCCAUAAGACUUGUUUUGCUAAUUUAUCUAUAUAAACGGAUAUUGUACGAGCAAAUUUGCAGCUGUUGUGUAAAUACUGUAUAUUGCAGAAAGUCAGUAUUAUUUUUAAGAGUUUUGUGCUGUCAGACAACUGUUUACCUAUGUUGCAUUCUGGACAAUUCUAGGUGCCUGCCAUUGAGUACUGCCUUAUUUCCAUUCCAAGAGUUGAUUUUUAAAGCAGCACUAUCAUAAAAGGAGGAGUUCCCUUUUCAUAUGAAUGACAUCUGCUGACACUAGGAAAGGGCUUUUUUGGAGGAUCAACAAUGUGAUGCUUUCUUUCAAAACAGGGGGGAAAAAGCGUAACCCUCAAGGUGUGAGUCUACUUAGAGCCACCCGCCCAUUAGAAGUCGGUUUAGAAACUUUAGCGUAAUUCCAGUCACAGGUUGGAGAAAUGGUUUUACGUGCCUGUGGAGUGAACACCGACACCCGCGGCCUACGCUGAGCAGGCGUUGCUUCAGCUCAGGAGUAGCAGUGCCGUCCCUUAAGUCUCCUUUUGCCGAAGAGGUCAGACCAGUGUAGGAAACCAUGUAUAUACUGUAAGUACUGUAAUGUUCACGAGUCAAAAAUGAGUUCUGUUUUCCAGAUGAUCUGUUUGUUGUUUCUGAAGCUGAAAAAGCAUCACAGAGGUAGAAUAAGCGCUAACAAGAAGUAGCUGUGGCAAGACCUAAAAUAGAUUUUUUUGUUCCUACUGGAAGCAUUGAUUUAAAGGUGAGAGAGAUAUUUAUUUUUCAGCAUGGUUCACCUCAAAAUCUCCACAACCACAAUGCAUCUGACUGCAAUAAUGUACUAGUAAUUUAUGUCAAUAACCAUCUUGUUCACAGUCCACCCAAUCGCACUCUCUCCUGUGUGUUGCUGUAAAGUACUUGUAUAUAGGAUUGAGAACUAAAGAUAUUUAUUAAAAGUUGAUUUCUUGAUAGUAUUUUAUGUACUAAAUAUUUACACUAAGGGCAGUUGACUAUUCUUUUUGCCAAGAUAAAAUAGAGAGAUGUAAUUAGAUACCUGUACAUGCUAUGUCAUAUGGAUAGAACAGAAAUUUAAGCUAACUAAACUACUGUAGAGAAAUUGUUGAUCUUAUUCUUAAAAAAAAAAAAGUCUUAUGACAGUUUUUUUUAUUACAGGCAUCUUUAAUUUCUAAAUAGGUUAUUAAAGUUUCACGUGCAAUUUUUGCUUCCCUGUAAAAAGUCCUCGUGAUCGACCCAUUUAAAAGAACAGUGAAUAUGUACCUCUGAAAUGCUAUGAAGUAGGUUAGGACCCCGGAGAUUAAAUUCUAGAAAUAUGUGUAGUGAUUAUGCGGAAUCACUAGGAAGAAAUAAGGAUGAAAAUUGUUGUCAGAAGACUUUUAAAGUAAAUGAGAAUGGGGGUAGGUUAGUCCUGUUCGGGGAAGUGUAGGGUCACACUAUGCAAGACGCAUCUGACAUCGCGAUGUGUGUAAUCUAACCCGCUGAAGUAUUGACUCGACACCUCUAAAGAAUUGCUGCUACCUUUCUGCAAGGCUUUUGAAGGUCCAAGAAACUAGUAUU